AUGCCGAGGCAUCCUGACCUGCAUAAUUCCAUGCCUUCCUCAAAGCCCAAGCAUGUCGAAAAGAAUCCAAUGACUGAUUGGGUGUAUGAUGUUUUUCUUUGGACAUUCUCCAUUUUAAUCGACCUCUUCUUCCGUGAAGUGCAUCCACGUGGGUCGUGGAAAGUCCCUAGACAUGGUGCAGUUAUCUUUGUAGCGGCACCUCAUGCCAAUCAGGUUCGCAAGAUUGUCGCUAAACAUGGUUACCGCAUGCUGACUCUAUACAAACCAUGUCACCGAAGAGCUGCCUUUUUAAUCGCUGCAAAAUCUAUGAACAGAUGGUUGAUUGGAUGGUUUGCGCGCAAGGUUGGAGCAGUUCCUGUGGCAAGAGCUCUCGACAUGGUAAAACGGGGGUCAGGAACCAUCUACCUACCUCAACCAAGGGAUGAUCCGCUUCUAAUUAGCGGCAUCGGUACAAAAUUUGAUGAAGAAGCCCAGGCUGGUGGCUUAUUGGUAUUACCUAGCAUUGAAGGAAUCGCUGCAAACGUCGAGAUUUCUGAAAUCAUGAACUCUACGACGCUGAGAAUAAAGAAGCCAUUCAAAAGUCAAACUGCAAUGAAACAACUUACUGGCAUAGAAAUUAAGGAUAGCUUAGCCUCCAGUGAUGUAUGUUGCAGACCUCAGGCUGGGUAUGUGGGAUCUACUUAUAAGCUUGCACCAAAAGUAGAUCAAACCAAGGUUUACGACGCCGUUUUUGAUCGCCUCCGUGGAGAUGGAGCAGUAGGAAUCUUUCCAGAGGGUGGAAGCCAUGAUCGAACCGAAUUACUCCCCUUGAAAGCUGGUGUUGCUAUCAUGGCUCUAGGCGCUCUAGCCGCUGAACCAAACAGUAAUCUGAAAAUUGUUCCUUGUGGCAUGAACUAUUUUCAUGCCCACAAGUUUAGGUCCCGGGCUGUCAUUGAGUUUGGGAAUCCGAUUCAAGUUCCUGAAAAGCUUGUAACACUGUACAGGAAUGGUGAACGGAGAGAAGCCGUGAGCCAGUUGCUUGAUACUAUCUAUCAAUCUCUUGUUGCCGUAACUGUUACUAGUCCAGACUACGACACACUAAUGCUCAUCCAAGCAGCUCGGAGACUCUAUAACCCUACUGGCAAGAUUCUUCCACUGCCCACGGUGGUAGAAUUAAAUCGGAGGCUAGUGAAGGGAUACACUCACUACAAAGAUGAUCCUAGGGUAGUGUCUUUACAGAAAUCAGUCUUAGACUACAAUCGACAGUUACGAUACUUGAAUCUCCGGGAUCACCAAGUUGAAUACGCUAAACACUCCAUUCCAAAGGUAAUUUAUCUCUUGAUCUAUCGAUUAGGUAAGAUAUCUAUUCUCUCGAUCGGCGUGCUUCCAGGUUUAAUCCUGUUCAGUCCCGUCUUCGUCGCAUCCAAAAUAAUCAGCAUUAAAAAAUGUCGCGAAGCGCGGGCGGCUUCGACAGUAAAGCUCGAAGGUCGAGAUGUAAUGGCUACAUGGAAGUUACUGGUAGCACUUGCCUUUGCUCCUAUACUAUACAAUCUCUACAUUGGUUUGCUCGCCUACUGGACAUACCGCAACCGUAUACAAGGAACUAUCCCAAAUUGGAUUCCACUAUGGGCCGUGGUUAUCCUUGGGUACGCUUUCUUUUUAGCAAUCACAUUUGCAGCUCUAAGGUUUGGAGAAAUUGGAAUGGAUGUGGUGAAGUCGUUACGUCCGCUAGUCUUGUCCCUUCACCCUGCAUCAAAUACGAGUAUUCAUAAGCUUCAGGAAAGACGUAAGAAAUUAAGUGCCGAGGUGACAAGUGUAAUAAAUACACUUGGGCCUGAAGUAUUCCCGGAUUUCGAUGCUUCUCGAAUUGUCAUGGAUCCUUUCCGUGCCGAUGAAACAAGUCCAUCAUCGCCAAUUUUCGCUAGGUUACAUCGCAGGGGUAGCAGUUUUUCUGCUGUUCCCGAUUUUAUGGACGAGCAUGUACCAAGCAGCGAAUCAUUGAGAAAUAUUGGUUCAAUUUCGCUUUUUGCCACACGAGCUCCGUCUAGAGACAGGAGUCACAGUAAUAGCAGCGCUGGAGGAUUUAUAAGCGAAGGGUUACCUCUGAAGAGUUUUAGCACUUUAGAUUCUGUCGGUGGUUUCGGUGAGGUAAGCACUAAAAUUCGCGAUGCCAUGAGAGAGAGAGGUCAAAUUCGAAGGAGGAAAUCUGAAGAUGUUCGGGUGGACACUUUUACCGACAGUGAUAAUGAGGGCGAAGAAGAAGAAAACUGGAAAGAUGAAUAA